AUGUUUUUAAUACCACAAUCAAAAUUAUACGGCGUUUGGAUGCUAUUGACAACAUUAGCGCUAAUCGAUAGACACAAUCGUCAAAUCAGUUUAAAACUGAAUACGGCUUCAGUCGGUGUCAACCAAUUAAAUAACACUCAAUACGAUUAUAUUGUUGUGGGCGCCGGUACUGCCGGUUCAAUAGUGGCCUGUCGUCUGGCGGCCACAAAACAUCGUGUUUUAUUGGUCGAAGCGGGCAAUGCUCAACACUUGUUGUCGACCCGUUUACCGGGUCUAAUGCAACUAAAUAUGAUGCGACCGACACUGUAUUGGACGGUACGAAACGAUUACACAACUAAUAGAUCAAACGGUAAUCAGUAUAUCAAAAGUGGCAAAUUAUUUGGCGGCAGUCAUGCCAUAAACGGUAUGUUCUAUAUAAAAGGUAGUCCUAAAUCGUUUGAUAGUAUCUAUGAAAAUACCGGUGCCCGUGGAUGGUCUUAUUCAGAUGUUAGGCCAUAUUUUAUACGUACAGAAAAUGAUAGUAAAUCUGAUCGAAACAAUAAUCAAACUACGAGUUCGCCAUUAGGCGUAUCCAUACAGACCUACGCCACCGAAAUGUUUGUGGCCAUCGAAAGCCAACUUAAAAACUGGGGCAACAAAGUGGUCGACUAUACUGUUGACAGUGAUGUAGGUAUAGCCAGACUAUACAGAACUAUACGCAACGGUCAUCGGCUAUCAACAGCUAUGGCUUAUAUUUUGAACGACAACAACAACAACAACGGUCUGUGUCCUCAACUAUCGAUAAUUACCGAUACGAUGGCCAGUAAGGUGUUAAUCAAACAACAAUCGGAAGACAAUGGACAGCCACAAGCGUAUGGCAUUGAGUUUAUUCAUUUAACAAAUAAUUUUACAUAUAGUGUCUAUUCUAACAACGAAAUAAUAUUAUCGUCGGGUACUCUGAACACACCAAAGUUGUUACAAUUAUCGGGUAUCGGUGAGGCCAGCAAAUUGUCGACAGUUGUAGAUGGCGUCAAACCGACUAAAAUUUGGUCGGACAUACCCGUAGGCCAUAACCUAUUGUGUCACGUGUCCGCAUCAUUUGAGUUCAGAUUGAAAACACAGUCAUUAAUCGAUACAAUAAGUGUCGCCGAUUUAUAUCGGGCUCUUUUAUACAUAACAUUGUCCGACAUUAUGGAGGAAACUAAGGGUAACAUAACUAUUGUAUCGACUGAUAUAUGGGAACCGCCGGUUGCCUAUUAUCCCUAUAUUAUACGUGAUAACAGUCCACUUAUGUGGGCCACGGCCUAUAUGUUUAGAUUUUUAGAGACUACCAGUAUUGACAACUAUAUCGAUCCAAUACCACUGGAAAUGGACGACAAUUGCCAACAGUGUUCAGACGGUCGCCCUCUGGCAGACUGUUCCGAGUAUCACAAAUGUUUGCUAACUGUGUCGGCCUAUGCGGGACAUCCGAUCGGUACUAGUCGUAUGGGUUCAAUCAAUCGGUCGGACACUGUAGUAGACAACAGAUUAAAAGUGAAAGGCGUGUCCAGACUUCGUGUAGUCGAUGCGUCCGUAUUUCCUAAUGUUAUCGACGCCAACACAAUGGCGACCGCUAUAUUGGUGGGCGAAAUGGGCGCACAAAUGAUUAUUAAUGACAACAACAACAUCAACAACAACACCACAAACAAUGAACAACAUAAUCAAUCAUUAUAUUACCAUGAUGAUUUAUAA